UUUUCGUCUUCUCGAUUUCGUUCAUCUGAACACAUCACUUCGAACUACUUACGAGUAUUAAUACUACAACCACUACUCCUACUGCCUCUACCUUGUCAUUGACGACAGAGAGCAUUACCCUUCCAACGACCAAAGUGUUGACCGUAAAACAAGCUACUAUCGACCUGCAAGGUGUGUGCCUCCCACAAACAAACCAUACCAUGAUGCAUCAAGUUCAUCCCUUCGUGGCGACGCAGCAAGGCGCGAUUCCGCAACAACAGCAAGUACAAUUCACGCCCGUUGCUCAACAGCAGCCCUACCAGCGACAAUACCAGUCGCAGUACCCGCCGCAAUACCAAAUCUACCAUCAGCAGCCUCAACCACAACAACCACAACAACAACCACAACAACAACCACAACAACAACCACAACAACAACAACAACAACACCAGCUACAACAACUGCAACAACAGCAGCAGCAACAACACUACCAACCGCAACAACAAGUGCCACAGCAGUUCCAGCAAUACCACCAACAACAACUCCAGCAACAACUCCAACAACCGCUACAGCAGCAGGUCGCCCAACCGAACGUCCGUCAUGCACCAUGGGGCCUCCAGCAGCAACAACAGCAGCAUGUGCAGCAAGUGCAGCAACUCCAGCCCCAGCAGCCUCAGCCCAUCGUCGUGUCAAUGCACAACAUGCAACAGGCUCCUCAGCAGCAAGAGAUUCACUUUCACCAGCACCACUAUGCGGCCCCUCAGUCGGCACGUAGCAUGCCCGCAACGUCGUCUGUCUUCCAGAAGGUCGACGCAGACGCCUUCCCAAAGGCCGCCAGCUUGUCUGCGUUCAGCUCCUUGUGCCAAGCCGCGGAAGCUCAGAUGGCACAGCUGUCGUCCAGCCCAGUCCCCCAGCCUGUCACUGUCCACAAGCGCCCCUCUGACGACGACGGGCAAGCUGCUGCCGUCUCGCGCGACAAGAAGCCCCGCUUGAGCUCGUCGGCGGACAGCGAGUCUGAGCGCUCCUUCUCGGCAUCCGCUGCUGCCUCGAGCCACAGCCACAGCAACAACCCCGACGACGACGAUGAUUCGGAAGAUGGCGAACACCAGGCAGUGCUGACCGAGGCCGAGCAGGCUGAAGCCUUGGAAAACACUGACAAGCCGUACCUGUGCCGCUGGGGCACUUGCUCUGAUCGCUUCCGCGACGCCGAUCUCUUGGCGCUUCAUGUCCGAGGCCACAUUGGCAACGGCCGCCACGCUUACUCUUGCGAGUGGCGUGGCUGCGCCCGCAUUGGCCGCGAGUUUAGCCUCCUGUGCAACAUUGUCUACCACAUUCAGACACACGCCAAGAAUGCCUGCACCAGCUACUCUUGCAAGUGGCGAAACUGCUCGGCCGCCUUCCUCGCGGUGCCCGACCUGGUUUCCCACCUUGCCGAAGUCCACGUCGCCCGCGGCAAGCCCGACUAUGCCUGCCUGUGGGAAGGGUGCGGUCGCAACAUGCGCCCACUCCACAACCACUCCAAGAUUAUCGAGCACUUGCGGACGCACACUGGUGAGCAGCCCUUCAACUGCUGCGUCCCGUACUGCCCCAAGAAGUUUACCAAGAAGAGCUCUGUGGUUGGCCACGUCCGUCGAUGCCAUGGCUUUGAGGCCUGGUUUGACGACCAGCAACCUUCCGCGGAAGCGGUGGCUGCCAUGGCUCGUCACCAACAGCUGAGCUCGUUUGCCAAGGCCACGGCAAAGCACCCGUCAGCCGACGAAGGCGCGCAGGCGCUGCUCUCGCAGCUCGUCCAGCAGCAACCACCACAACAAGCGGAGCACCGCCAGAAAAUGUUGCAGCUGCAACGAACGGUCAGCUCGUGGUCGGAUGUCUCGUCCGUCGUGUCCUCCAAGUCGGACGCCGCCUCUUCCCCGGCCUCGAUGAUCUCUGCUCCCGUGUCCGAGUCGACUUCUCCACGCUCGCCCCAUGGAACCGGCGCUUCUUCUUAUUCACAGUCAAUGACGUACGCAGUGUCCUCGUCUGCACCUGGUCCGGGCGGCUUCACGCCUUCGACUCUGGUCGUGCGCUGCAUCUGUGCCCAGGCCCACUCACCUGUUAACGGCGCCUUCCUGCAAUGCACAUCUUGCUGCACAGUGCAGCACGCCGCUUGCUUUGGAGUUUCAGUGAACGGCCCCGUUCCCAGCGACCACCGCUGCCAUGUUUGCAAAGCCAAUCCCACCCCGGCGGUGACUCCGUCUUGGCAAAUGCAGCAGCCCCAGCAGUUGCUCACAGCCACUCAGUGAGGCUCUCUGCAUUCUUGAUGAACGCGACGCCUGUGAGCGUCGAUUUUUGAUGUUAUGACUUGAAAUCGCUGUCGUUUUGAUUUGAUUUUUUGUUGUUGUUUUGCUUUGAUUUGUUUUUAUUUGGAAUCCGCCUGCCUUGGUUGUUGAUAUGAUUUUUUUUUUGGUUGAUGAUUUGUUGUUUUGCCGGGUUGUGCGGUCUGAUGGAGGCUGGCCUCCUCGACCCGUUGUAAUCACACACCAAUGUAACACUACAACGACGACGUGCACCUG